CGAGGCACAUAAAUACAAAGCUGAGCCGGGUCCGAGGGAAAAACGGCACAAAGGAAAGCGGAGCACUCUGAGGUUUUAAAGCUGAAGACCAAGAGAGUCAGACCCCCUAGAAGAGGAGCUUGGACGGCAUGCAAAGUUGUGAAAUUUCGUCAGACAGCACUGAUGAUCCUCUUAGUAGCGGCCUACGCACUCAUCGGCAGCCUCGAAUAGUGGUGAUUGGUGCUGGCUUGGCCGGCCUUGCUGCAACUAAGAUCCUACUGGAAAACGGCUUUACGGAUGUCAGAGUCCUAGAAGCAUCAGACCAUAUUGGAGGGAGAGUUCAAAGCUUUCAGCACGGAAAAGCAACUUUGGAGCUUGGAGCCACCUGGAUCCAUGGUGCAAAUGGGAACCCAGUGUACCACCUGGCAGAGGACAAUGGGCUGCUGGAGCACACCACGGAUGGAGAGAGGAGUGUGGGACGCAUCAGCCUGUACACCAAAAAUGGUGUGGCUCACUACCAGACCAACAGUGGGAAGAGGAUCCCCAAGGACCUGGUGGAGGAGUUCAGUGACCUGUACAACGAGGUGUACGAGCUGACUCAGGAGUUCUUCCAGAAUGGGAAGCCUGUGUGCGCUGAGAGCCAGAACAGCGUCGGUGUCUUUACACGGGACGUGGUGCGCAAGAAGAUCAUGCUGGAUCCCGAUGAUUCUGAAAGCACCAAGAAGCUCAAGCUGUCCAUGCUUCAGCAAUACCUCAAGGUGGAGAGUUGCGAAAGCAGCUCUGCCAGUAUGGACGAGGUGUCUCUGAGUGAGUUCGGUGAGUGGACAGAAAUUCCUGGCGCCCAUCAUGUCAUUCCAGGAGGUUUUAUGAAGAUUGUGGAGCUCCUGGCCCAGGACAUCCCCUCCCGCACCAUCUGCCUUAGCAAACCGGUCCGCUGCAUCCACUGGAACUUCUCCGCCCAGCAACAGGAGGAGAUCGCCAGGGGCAGCAACACUAACCAGGGCAACAAUCACAAUGACAACAACCGUGGCUGUCAACCUCAUGAGUACCCCCUGAUCGUAGGUCACCCCGUUUGCGUGGAGUGCGAAGAUGAGGAGUGGAUCACUGCUGACCACGUAAUCGUGACAGCCUCUCUGGGCGUGCUAAAGGAGAGCCAUGAGGCCAUGUUCUCCCCAUCUUUGCCAGAGGACAAGGUGCUGGCCAUCGAGAAGCUGGGCAUCAGCACCACCGACAAGAUCUUUCUCGAGUAUGCUGAGCCCUUCUGGAGCCCUGAGUGCAACAGCAUUCAGUUUGUGUGGGAGGACGAGGCCCAGCUGGAGCAGCUGGUCUACCCUGAGGAGCUGUGGUACAAGAAGAUCUGCAGCUUCGACGUUCUCUACCCGCCAGAGCGCUAUGGCUACAUGUUGAGUGGCUGGAUCUGUGGCCAGGAGGCGCUGCUGAUGGAGCGCUGCGACGACGAGUUAGUCGCUGAGAUCUGCACCGAGCUGCUGCGGCGCUUCACAGGGAACCCAAACAUUCCAAAGCCGAGGCGUAUCCUGCGCUCCUCCUGGGGUAGUAACCCCUACAUCCGGGGCUCCUACUCCUUCACCAGGGUGGGGUCCAACGGGGGAGAUUUCGAGAGGCUGGCCAUGCCACUGCCUUAUGCCAAGAGCACCAAGGCCCCGCCUCUGCAGGUCCUGUUCGCCGGAGAGGCCACCCACAGAAAAUACUAUUCCACUACCCAUGGUGCUUUGCUGUCAGGACAGAGAGAGGCCACUCGCCUGAUAGAGAUGUAUCAGGACUUGCACAGCGCUGAAACCACAAAGCCUAAUUUGUAAAAAGAAAAAAAAAAAUGAACCACUGACUAGUGACAAACAUACAAUACUGUUGUGUUCUAAGCUUUCUAUCUUAUGGGAAAUUAUUAAGUUAUACAUAUUAAAGCAUAGUUGGGGCAUUACAUUGAUGAUAACAAAUAAGUAUUGUUUCUACUGUAUUGUAGAUUCACAUGAUUUAGAGUUAGAUUUUAUUUGAUAUGUACUGUUCAAAAGUUGCCAAUGGUGCUGUCAUUUGUCUUUAUCAUGUUUUUCUGUUGUUUUUUUAAUCAGUAAGUUAAUGUUUUUAACAACAGCAUCAAUAAUUUAACUUCUUUUUGUAAGUGCCUUCUGUACUUAAUGUUGUUAUUUCAAAAUAAUGGAAAGACUAAAUAAAAAAAAUGAGGUUUAACAGAAUAAAAACUGCAUAAUCAGCACUUCUAACUCUAA